AUGGAAAUAAUACAAAAAAAACGGUCGAGAAAAGGCUUAAAUUGGGAAGCAACAUUUCCGGAUGAACCGGUUGGCGAAAAAUCACGAUCAUUUCUACAACGUAUGGUAUUCAUUACUGCAUCACAUAUCCUUUAUACCAGAGGUUUACUUCCUGUAAAAUGCUUCAAGAAACGUCAAAUUGAAAAAUGGAAGUUUUAUGUUAUUCGAGCUGAAGCUGAAGGCAAAGAUAUUGUUCAUGGUCUUAAAGGUGUUAUGGAAGCGAUUGAAUUUGCAUAUUUACGUGACUUCAUCAUAAUGGUUGCUGAUCGUGACAGAGAAGAUGAAUAUGAAGCUUUGGAAAUUCACCGGAUCACAAAAGGUGAGAAAGUCGCUGCUAUUAAAUAUACAGGAAUUACACAAGCGCGCAAACAAUUUUUUCAUUUGAUUCGUCGUGUCACUGCAUAUGAAAAUAUGAUGGAUCCAUUACCACAGAACAUUUGCACUAUUUUUAAGCUUACUUACUAUGAUGAAAGGACACCUUCAAAUUAUGAACCACAAGGUUUUAUUGCUGAUGAAGGUCUAUUCCACUUUCCGAGAGAAGUUGAACCAUUGUUGACUGGUAGAUUUGAUUGUGAAAAGCACAUGAUUACAACAUCAGUUCAUUCGAUUUUCAUGAAAAGUGUAACCGAAAUGAAAUCCCUGAUGCAAGCUGAUACCAAUCAAUUUAGCAACCCAGUUUCUCGUGAUACCACUAUCUGCUCUUCACCAACUAAAAUUUUACGAUCAUUCUCAGCAUGUAGCGAUGAGUUUUCUCAAAUUCAAACAGUUGAUAAUGAGCAGCAAAACGAUUCGAUUCAAAGCAUUGAAUUAAUGACAUCAUCGUCAUUCAUUGAUAUUAGCGGCACACUGGAAAUUACAAAAAUUUGUCACACACCUUCAAAUACAUGUGAUAAGGAUAAUUCUAAUGAUACAACUGAGUCAAGCAUCUCGGAAGAUUCAAAAUUAUCAGUUGGAACAAAUUUUUAUCAAAGUAGAACAGUACCAGCUGGGAGAACGAAAUUUAAUGGGAGAAAGAUGGAUGGCGAUCGUUUCAAAUGA